AUGCUAAAGAACCUGAAAGAUAUCUACAAGAAAUUUUUAUCCACAAGAGAUUCACCAGAAAAAAUGCUGAAAGACCAAAAUGAAAUUUAUAUAAAAUUCACUAAACAAACACCAAAAAACCAAAGAAAAAUUUACAAAGAAUUUACUAAAAAAAAUGCUGAAAAACCAAAGAAAUAUUCACAAGAAAUUUAUUAG